AACGACAACCACCGUAUUCGAUUAGUAGGAUGGCCACCCCAAGUCUCGCUCGAACUAUCAAAAACUUCCUGGCUCUCGGUCCCAGGGAAUACAUAAGACAAUUAUGGUACAUCUGCGACCCUAAACCCGGAGCUUUCAGAGGUAUAGACGAACACGGGAACAAAUAUUACGAAGACCCUAGUGAAUCGAUGUUUAGAAAUCGAUGGGUAGAUUACAAAGUUCACGAUUUCAAUGCGAGUCAGGUCCCUCCAGAAUGGCAUUCUUGGCUACAACAUAUCCGUAAAGAUCCCCCUCACUUGGAUACUAUCAUCAUUCAAUCUCGACAAUCUUGGCAAAUGCCACACGUUGAGAAUAUCACAGGAACUAGAGGAGCUUUCAAAACCUAUUCUACCACACUUCCUAAGGUCCAAAGUUGGGAACCUCGAGUGUCCGAAAGAACAUCGAGUUAACAGCAUCUUCAGUGUAGUUUUAAUGGUCUCUUUUAUCCAACUCAUUUUAUAAAAUUCAUACGUGCAUCUUCAAAGCGCGAAGGUAGUUGAAAUUGAAUCUUCAUCUUCAUCAGCUUGGUCUUGGAUCGUAGCUUGAAAUCGUGCCACGUCGAAUAGAUAACCCCACUGUUACGUCGAAAGGGCUGUUGG